GUGUCGUGGCACGAUGACUUCGACGAUUGCGGCGUCAUCCAAAACCAGACGGCAGGUUGCCGAGCAGGUCCGAUACGAUGGCUUGCCCGGCCGAACAUGCAGCAUGACAGACUUGGUGAUUCGUGGUGAAGUGCUACCGUCAACGGAACCGAGCAGUAGUUUACGGAGAGCAGUGGCGUCCUCUAUAAGCAAUGCAAUCCAUUCUCUGCUUGCGACGGGAAAGAGAGUGAAAGCAGGGUGAAUAAGAUGAUAUGACGGUCAAAGAGGUCAAAAAGAAGGGGGAAGAGUUACACUAGUGACAGCCAUAUCCUCCUAUGUUUGUACCCAGAGAAAUUACAUGUUUUGGCAUGGGAUAUCUCUCUAACAAAUAAUCCAAGAGACUUUCUAGCUUGGGUGAAUGGAGGAGGCUUUACUGCUGUUACUGCUCCGCAGGUUUCAUUUCUCUUGGUCACUUCUUCCAUGCAAUUUACCUUUACCCUUUGCUUCUCCUAGCCUGUGGUAAUCAGACUUGCAGAGUAGAGCGAGAGCUAGAACAAAUGUCUUCUUGGUUCCCAUGCCCGGUGGGCGUGUUGAGCUGUUCGUUUCAGAGCACAUGACGGAUGGCCAACGCACCCGAGAGUUCAUGAUGUCCCAGUGCACCUCGGACUCCUUCGAUCGCUCCAUCGACAUACCCAUGGCUGAUAACAAUAUGGACUCGGGUGCUGGUGGUGGUGAUGAUUCCCAGCCAUGGCUUGCCCCGCAGGCAAUGGCGACGGGCGCUCAAGCUCUUCCCUGGGAUCUCUACGCCUCCCACUUGAACUUGUUCGACAGGACGAAGGAUGACGACGUCCUGCACGAUGGCUCUACCAGAAACUUCUUCCUUCUCGGCAAUCUUCCACCUCCGCUGUCGGAGUCCAUGGUCGGUAAUGGCUUCCCGGAAGACGCAUUGGCGUAUCAGCAGUCGCUCCUGACGACCGCGAGCAAUCUGCACUGCCACAAUUUUGGUGCGGAGUCGUCGGUGACUCGGGAGAUCGCUGGUCACGGUAAGGAGUCCCUGAAGAUGGAAGGCAAUGCCCGAAUCGAGUCGGGCUCGGAAGGCAGCGACGAUGACGAGGAGCACCGGCCGGCGAGGAGGUCGGGCAAGCAACACUGCUCGAAGAACCUCUUCGCGGAGCGAAAGAGAAGGAAGAAGCUCAACGAUCGGCUCUAUGCUCUGCGCGCAUUGGUUCCAAAGAUCACAAAGAUGGACAGGGCUUCGAUACUAGGAGACGCCAUCGAGUACGUGAUGGAUUUGCAGAAGCAAGUGAAGGAUCUGCAGGACGAACUGGAGGAGACGAAUCAGGAGGACGACGGCCACGACAAGCAGAUCGGAAGCAACCUCCGCAACAGCAACAGCCAAAUGGAUGUCCCGAUCCCAAAUGGGUGGCUGGAUCACGACGAUUCUGGGAACAAUCCCAGGACGGCAGCCGCCGCCGACGAUAACAAGCCAUCAUCCGACAAGGGUCAGCAGAUGGAGCCACAGGUGGAGGUGAGGCAACUGGAGGCGAACGAGUUCUUCCUGAAGGUGCUGUGCGAGCACAAGCAAGGAGGGUUUUCGAGGCUGCUGGAGGCGAUGAGCUCCCUGGGACUGGAAGUAACCAAUGUCAGUGUCACCACGUACGGGAGCCUAGUCUUGAACGUCUUCAGAGUUGAGAGAAGAGAUGAUGAAGUGGUGGAAGCAGAUCGAGUGAGGGACUCAUUGCUGGAGGUGACGCGAGAUCCGCAAGGGUGGUCAGGGCUUGCACAAGCAGUGGAGUAUCAGCAGCAGCACCCCCAGCACGGCCACAGCCACCACGAGCUCGGCUUCGACCAUCACCUUCAUUACCUUCACCACCAAGCAUAGCUUGGCAACACA